CGCGAGUCCGAGGAGAUCCUACGUCGCGAAGCCCGCUUGCUUGGCGACGACCUGGGUGCUGUCGCCCUCAGCCCCGCCAGCGCCGGGCUCCUGGGGGGCUCCGGGAGCGAUGCGGACUCCGGCGAGGCGCUGCUCGGCCGGGGCACCAGCGCUGCCGCCGUCGCCAUAGGGGGCAACGUCGCCACUGUCGCUACUUCCAGCCCCGGCGUGGCUGCAGUUGCCGCCGUGCCGCCGGGGAAAGUCGGAGGUGCGGUGGUUGUGGAGGAUCAGCCGGACGUGAGCGCGGUGUUGUCAGCCUACAACCAGCAAGGAGACCCGACGCUGUACGAGGAGUACUACAGCGGAUUGAAACACUUCAUCGAGUGCUCCCUGGACUGUCAUCGGGCAGAAUUGUCUCAGCUCUUUUAUCCUCUCUUUGUGCACAUGUAUUUGGAAUUGGUCUACAAUCAACAUGAGAGUGAGGCAAAGUCUUUUUUUGAAAGAUUUCAUGGGGAUCAGGAGUGCUAUUACCAGGAUGACCUGCGUGUAUUGUCGAGCUUAACCAAAAAAGAACACAUGAAAGGUAAUGAGACCAUGCUGGAUUUCCGAACAAGCAAGUUUGUGCUGCGCAUUUCCCGUGACUCUUACCAACUCCUGAAGAGGCAUCUUCAGGAAAAGCAGAACAAUCAGAUCUGGAACAUUGUUCAGGAGCAUCUUUACAUUGACAUCUUUGAUGGAAUGCCUCGCAGUAAACAACAGAUAGAUGCUAUGGUUGGAAGCUUGGCUGGGGAGGCAAAACGAGAGGCUAAUAAAGCAAAGGUUUUCUUUGGCUUGUUGAAAGAACCAGAGUUUGAUGUGCCUUUGGAUGAUGAAGAUGAAGAAGGAGAAAAUGAGGAAGGAAAGCCAAAGAAGAAAAAACCUAAGAAAGAUAAUGUAGGGUCAAAAAGUAAAAAACAGGAUCCUAACGCUCCUCCCCAAAACAGAAUUCCUCUGCCAGAACUGAAAGACUCUGACAAGCUGGAUAAAGUAAUGAAUAUGAAGGAAGCUGCGAGGCGAGUGCGUCUUGGACCUGAGUGCCUGCCCUCCAUCUGUUUCUACACAUUCCUUAAUGCUUAUCAGGGUCUAACUGCAGUGGAUAUUACAGAUGACUCCAGCAUGAUUGUAGGAGGCUUUGCUGACUCCACUGUCAGAGUGUGGUCUGUGACUCCAAAAAAGCUACGUAGUGUGAAAACAGCUGCAGACCUCAGUCUCAUUGACAAAGAAUCAGAUGAUGUCUUGGAGAGGAUCAUGGAUGAGAAAACAGCAAGUGAGUUGAAGAUUUUAUAUGGUCACAGUGGACCUGUCUAUGGCACCAGCUUCAGUCCUGAUAGGAAUUAUCUAUUGUCCUGUUCUGAGGAUGGCACCGUGAGAUUGUGGAGUCUCCAAACAUUCACAUGUUUGGUGGGAUAUAAAGGACACAACUAUCCUGUUUGGGAUACACAGUUCUCUCCUUACGGCUAUUACUUUGUUUCUGGGGGACAUGACAGAGUGGCUCGUCUGUGGGCAACAGAUCACUACCAGCCAUUACGGAUCUUUGCUGGCCAUCUUGCAGAUGUGACAUGUACCCGAUUUCAUCCAAACUCCAACUAUGUUGCUACAGGCUCAGCAGACAGGACUAUAAGGCUCUGGGAUGUUUUGAAUGGGAAUUGUGUAAGAAUAUUCACUGGACAUAAGGGACCAAUUCAUUCAUUGGCAUUUUCUCCUAAUGGACGAUUCCUGGCUACUGGAGCAACAGAUGGAAGAGUUCUGCUGUGGGAUAUUGGACAUGGCUUGAUGGUUGGCGAAUUGAAAGGGCACUCUGACACUAUCUACGCGCUCAGAUUCAGUAGGGAUGGGGAGAUUUUAGCAUCAGGUUCAAUGGAUAACACAGUUCGUCUGUGGGAUGCUGUGAAGGCUUUUGAAGACUUAGAAACUGAUGACUUCACUACAGCCACUGGACACAUAAAUUUGCCUGAAAACUCACAGGACUUGUUACUGGGCACAUACAUGACCAAAUCAACCCCCGUUGUUCAUCUCCAUUUCACACGCAGGAACCUGCUGCUGGCUGCGGGAGCCUACAGCUCACAGUAGAUCAGGAAGCUGAAACUGACUGUGCCAAGUCAUUGCAGUAGUGACCUCAGGACGUGAGACGAGGGAAUGUCUUGAACAGAAGGACUCCACAACUCCAUUGCAAGGAGUAUGAAACUGUAAUUAAUAGAAGCAGCAUUUCUCAGUUCUGCUGUUUCAUAUUUAUCUGCAAUUUGAAAAUGCUGGAGAUUGACAAGACAUUGUGGCUGUAAAAGAAGGAACUGUUCGUGGUGCUUUUGGUAACAUAGAUACAUAUGAAAUGAGCAUCUCUUUCCAGAGGUGGUACUGAGCUCUGCUGAAACUUGUGAAAAGUUAACAGCCUUUACAUGUGUUCUUAGAUUUUUUUAAAGCACUUAAUUUAUGGUUAACAAAUGUUUCAUCAGUCUCAAACACAAGCAAAACUGUCCAUUUUCAGGAAAGAAGAAUGUAGUUUUGAUUCACUACCGCCUGGGCUGGGCAGCAGGCAUGGUGAGAUCAUAGCAACAACCAGGGCAUUGAUGGAGUGGGCCGGACAGCCCGAUGCUUGUGGGGAACUGCCGCGAAGCUCCGUGCAUGCUUUUUAUGCAGCCAGAUACUAAGUCCUGAAAAGAUUUCAAACUCAUGUGCUCUUUUGAGGUGUCAGAAACACAGAUCUUGUUACUGUUUUCAAAGGUAGCCAGUGCUGUCAGUGUGAUAAGCAACCAGAAGUGCAAUGUGAACUUUAUUUACUUUCAUACUUUAAUGUAUGAGAAAAUAAAAAAGGGGAAUUGAGGCACAACUGAAACAGUCACUAUUAAAAAUGUGAACUAAAACUCUUUACUUUGUAUUAGAUGUAAAAGAAGAUUAACAACCUGUAUCCUUGCUGCAUAAGGCUUAACAUAAAAAACCAGCAAAACUAGCCAAGAAAUUGAAACAUAGCAGCACAAAAGGCUAAGCGCAUCAUCAGCUGGUUUUUGAAAGGCCAGCUUGUCUGCUGAGUGACAAUUCCUAUCUACAAGAAGAUUGUACCCAGUGAGUCCUCCUGGACUACCAAUAAGGCUGUGUUUUCUUUUAAAGGAGAGUAAAACAUGCAGAACACUGGGAAGAAUGUCAGUGUCUUUGAAUUGAAAACAGCACACCAAAAGCCAGGUCCAGUGUGGCUUGGGUUUGGGUUGGUUUUUGUUCUUACAAGAUUUGUGCAGAGAAAUCUGUUUUGUGUUCCUCAUUACUUCACAGUAAGGACUUGCACACUUGAACAAACUACUGGCUCUCUAGUGAAAAUAAAAACAAGACUUGUCAUUUCUAAGGUCAAGUAAAUGGAGAACUACCUCCUCUUUCAUCUCUUGUCUUUCUCUUAGAGUAAAGCUAUACUACAGGCAUUAUACAUCAAAAAAAAAAA